GAUCUGAACUGGUAUAGUUUAUGUCGUUGAUGAUAAUAAUUCCUCCACGACUCAGCAACAAGAGCUACUCUGGGUGAUGAGCUUAAUGGUGCUGUUGCGGCUAUUUUAAUUUUUCAACAAGGAUCCAAAUGGCGCCGUUGACGAAAUUCUUUCAUUAUAAACGUCAACGAUCAACAUCAGCCAUCAGGGAACGAAGAAGAGUACUUUCGAAAAUACGCCGAGAGUAUUCCUGAUGGUGAAACGAGCGUUGCUUCAUCGAACGCAGCUAAAGAAAACAACAUCUAUGUAGUUGGUGGUACGAUGCCUGAAAUAGAGGGCGAUAAAUUGUACAAUACCUGUACUAUUUGGGGUCCCGAUGGAACUUUGAUAGCAAAACACCGAAAGGUACAUCUAUUCGACAUCGACAUUCCUAAUAAGAUUACUUUUCGAGAGAGUGAUUCACUCAGUCCUGGUAACUCCCUAACGACGUUCGACGUGAAGGGCUGCAAAAUAGGUAUUGGCAUUUGCUAUGAUAUUAGAUUCGAGGAAAUGGCACGCAUUUAUCGUAACAAAGGUUGCCAAAUGCUGAUAUAUCCAGCGGCAUUCAAUAUGACCACUGGACCACUGCACUGGUCAUUACUUCAGCGUUCCAGAGCGAAUGAUAAUCAAUUAUACGUUGCUUGCAUAUCACCGGCUCGUGUUCCUUCAGCAAGUUACGUCGCAUGGGGGCAUACACAGUUGACCAAUCCCUGGGGAAAGAUUCUUUACGAUUUGGAAACUCAAGAGAAUAUGGCAAUCACCGAUAUCGCAGGUGCUCCGGGUAUAAACAGACGACAAACGAACAAAUAGAAAUUCAAACUAUUGUCGUUGUUUAACUCGCAUGGGACUAUAAGCUCGAAUUGGACUUAAACGUUACGAUCGUCGAGAAUAAUUACUAUAUGUACCCUGUACGACGGGCAGAGAAUCUUAAGUUAUUAACGGCAAUUCCUUUGUGCAUAAUUCAGAUUUAUUAACAACCUGUAAUGGAUAAUCAUCGAUGAACUCUUUUUGAAUAAAGUUCACAUUUAUAAAGCAAACACUAUAAAAUACGACAGGACAAUUGUAAUCGAUAAAUAACAUUUUAUUAGGAUAUUAUAAGAAGCUAAGAUAUCGAGGUACAUUAAAAUUGAGUCCGCUGCAACCCUCAUGACAUUUAAAAUCCUACACGUAUAUUGAGUAAAGUUGUUAUAUUAAAUAUAAUCAUAUUAAAUACAAGCUCGUCCGCUGGAUUCCCAAAUUAUUUGGUUAAAUACUUUGAAUACGAGAAUACCGAGUGUUAACAGUAGUAAAUCCUCUAUAUGGUAUGUUUACUUUGCUAUCUUGAAUAGGUAAAUAACAUUUCACUUUAACGCAUUUAACCAAUAUUAACAUUUAACAUUUAACCAAUAUUAUACGCAUAUGCACAUAAUGUUACUGUUACAUAUAAUGAUAUAUACGUAGAUAUGCACGUUAAUUAAAUCCUCUAUAUGGUAUUUUUAUAUCAGUAUCGUAAACAUUGUAAACCGGAAAUCUUUUAUUACACACGUACAUAUACAGUCAA